GGGGCGGAGCGGAGUGCUGACUGGCGGGGUCGGCUGAGCUGGGGAGAUGUUGAAGUUCAAGUAUGGAGCACGGAAUCUGCCGGACGCUGGUGCUGCAGAAUCCAUUGCCAGCCGGGCCUCCAGGUUGAAUCUUUUCUUCCAGGGGAAACCACCCUUCAUGACUCAACAGCAGAUGUCUCCUCUUUCCCGAGAAGGGAUAUUAGAUGCCCUCUUUGUUCUCUUUAAAGAAUGCAGUCAGCCUGCUCUGAUGAAGAUUAAGCACGUGAGCAACUUUGUCCAGAAGUAUUCUGACAUCGUAGCUGAGUUGCAGGAGCUCCAGCCUUCAGCAAAGGACUUUGAAGGGAGAAGUGUGGUAGGUUGCGGUAACUUUGCCGAAGUGCAGGUGGUCAGAGAGAAAGCGACCGGGGACAUCUAUGCCAUGAAAGUCAUGAAGAAGAAGGCUUUGUUGGCCCAGGAGCAGGUUUCAUAUUUUGAGGAAGAACAGAACAUAUUAUCUCAGAGCACAAGCCCUUGGAUCCCCCGGUUGCAGUAUGCCUUUCAGGACAAAAAUAAUCUUUAUCUGGUCAUGGAAUAUCAGCCUGGAGGGGAUUUGCUGUCACUUUUGAACAGAUAUGAGGACCAAUUAGAUGAAAAUAUGAUUCAGUUUUACCUAGCUGAACUCAUUUUGGCUGUUCACAGCGUUCAUCAGAUGGGAUAUGUACAUCGAGACAUCAAGCCCGAGAACAUCCUCAUUGACCGAAUGGGACACAUCAAGCUGGUGGAUUUUGGAUCAGCUGCUAAAAUGAACUCAAAUAAGAUGGUGAAUGCCAAACUCCCAGUUGGGACCCCAGAUUACAUGGCCCCUGAAGUGUUGACCGUCAUGAAUGGGGAUGGAAAAGGUGCCUAUGGCCUAGACUGUGAUUGGUGGUCAGUGGGAGUUAUUGCUUAUGAGAUGGUUUAUGGAAGGUCCCCAUUCACUGAGGGAACCUCAGCCAGAACCUUCAGUAACAUCAUGAAUUUCCAGCGGUUUUUGAAGUUUCCAGAUGAUCCCAAAGUUAGCAGUGAAUUACUUGAUCUGAUCCAAAGUUUGUUGUGUGGCCAGAAAGAGAGACUGAAGUUUGAAGGCCUUUGCUGUCAUCCUUUCUUCUCUAAAAUCGACUGGAGUGACAUUCGAAACUCUCCUCCCCCCUUCGUUCCCACCCUCAAGUCUGAUGAUGACACCUCCAAUUUUGAUGAACCAGAGAAGAAUUCGUGGGUUUCAUCCUCUCCGUGCCAGCUGAACCCCUCAGGUUUCUCAGGAGAAGAACUGCCGUUUGUGGGGUUUUCGUAUAGCAAGGCACUGGGAAUUCUUGGUAGAUCUGAGUCUGUUGUGUCAAGUCUGGACUCCCCUGCCAAGACUAGCUCCAUGGAAAAGAAACUUCUCAUCAAAAGCAAAGAGCUGCAGGACUCCCAGGACAAGUGUCACAAGAUGGAGCAGGAAAUGACCCGGUUACAUCGGAGAGUGUCAGAGGUGGAGGCUGUGCUUAGUCAGAAGGAGGUGGAGCUGAAGGCCUCUGAGACUCAGAGAUCCCUCCUGGAGCAGGACCUUGCUACCUACAUCACAGAGUGCAGUAGCUUAAAGCGAAGUUUGGAGCAAGCACGGAUGGAGGUGUCCCAGGAGGACGACAAAGCACUGCAGCUUCUCCACGAUAUCAGAGAGCAGAGCCGGAAGCUCCAAGAAAUCAAAGAGCAGGAGUACCAGGCUCAAGUGGAAGAAAUGAGGUUAAUGAUGAAUCAGUUGGAAGAGGACCUGGUUUCGGCCAGAAGACGGAGUGAUCUCUAUGAAUCGGAGCUCAGAGAGUCUCGGCUGGCUGCCGAAGAGUUCAAGCGGAAAGCAACAGAAUGUCAGCAUAAAUUGAUGAAGGCUAAAGAUCAAGGGAAGCCUGAAGUGGGAGAAUAUGCCAAACUGGAGAAGAUCAAUGCUGAGCAGCAGCUCAAAAUUCAGGAGCUCCAAGAGAAGCUGGAAAAGGCCGUGAAAGCCAGCACGGAGGCCACUGAGCUUCUGCAGAACAUCCGCCAGGCGAAGGAGCGGGCUGAGCGCGAGCUGGAGAAGCUGCACAACCGCGAGGACUCUUCCGAAGGCAUCAAGAAGAAGCUGGUGGAAGCCGAGGAACGCCGCCACUCUCUGGAGAACAAGGUAAAGAGGCUAGAGACCAUGGAGCGUAGAGAAAACAGACUGAAGGAUGACAUCCAGACAAAGUCCCAACAGAUCCAGCAGAUGGCUGAUAAAAUUCUGGAACUGGAGGAGAAGCACCGAGAAGCCCAGGUCUCAGCCCAGCACCUGGAGGUGCACCUGAAACAGAAAGAACAGCACUACGAGGAAAAAAUUAAAGUGUUGGACAAUCAGAUAAAGAAAGACCUAGCCGACAAGGAGACUUUGGAGAAUCUGAUGCAGAGACACGAAGAGGAGGCCCACGAGAAAGGCAAGAUUCUCAGCGAGCAGAAGGCGAUGAUCAACGCCAUGGAUUCCAAGAUCAGAUCCCUGGAACAGAGGAUAGUGGAAUUGUCGGAAGCCAAUAAACUUGCGGCAAACAGCAGUCUCUUUACCCAGAGGAACAUGAAGGCCCAGGAAGAAAUGAUUUCAGAACUCAGGCAGCAGAAGUUUUACCUGGAGACACAGGCUGGGAAACUGGAGGCCCAGAACCGGAAGCUGGAGGAGCAGCUGGAAAAAAUCAGCCACCAAGACCACAGCGACAAGAAUCGUCUGCUGGAGCUGGAGACCAGGCUGAGGGAGGUCAGUCUAGAGCAUGAAGAGCAGAAACUGGAGCUCAAGCGUCAGCUCACGGAGCUGCAGCUCUCUCUGCAGGAGCGCGAGUCUCAGCUGACAGCCCUGCAGGCAGCCCGGGCAGCUCUGGAGAGCCAGCUCCGCCAGGCAAAGACAGAGCUGGAAGAGACAACAGCAGAAGCAGAAGAAGAGAUCCAGGCGCUCACGGCACAUAGAGAUGAAAUCCAGCGCAAAUUUGAUGCCCUUCGUAACAGCUGUACUGUAAUCACAGACCUGGAGGAGCAGCUAAACCAGCUGACGGAGGACAAUGCUGAGCUCAACAACCAAAAUUUCUACUUGUCCAAACAACUUGAUGAGGCCUCUGGCGCCAGUGAUGAGAUCGUACAGCUGCGAAGUGAAGUAGACCAUCUCCGCCGCGAGAUCACGGAGAGGGAGAUGCAGCUCACCAGCCAGAAGCAAACGAUGGAGGCUCUGAAGACUACCUGCACAAUGCUGGAGGAGCAGGUCAUGGACCUGGAAGCCCUGAACGACGAGCUGCUGGAAAAAGAGCGGCAGUGGGAGGCCUGGAGGAGCGUCCUUGGUGACGAGAAGUCCCAGUUUGAGUGUCGGGUUCGAGAAUUACAGAGGAUGCUGGACACUGAGAAGCAGAGCAGGGCGAGGGCGGAUCAGCGGAUCACCGAGUCGCGCCAGGUGGUCGAGCUAGCAGUGAAGGAGCACAAGGCUGAGAUUCUGGCCCUGCAGCAGGCUCUCAAGGAACAGAAGCUGAAGGCCGAGAGUCUCUCCGACAAGCUCAAUGACCUGGAGAAGAAACACGCCAUGCUUGAAAUGAAUGCCCGAAGUUUACAACAGAAGCUGGAGACAGAACGAGAGCUCAAACAAAGGCUUCUGGAAGAGCAAGCCAAGUUACAGCAGCAGAUGGACAUGCAAAAGAGUCAUAUUUUCCGUCUGACUCAAGGGCUACAGGAAGCUCUAGAUCGGGCUGAUCUGCUGAAGACAGAAAGGAGUGAUCUGGAAUAUCAGCUAGAGAACAUUCAGGUUCUCUAUUCUCAUGAAAAGGUGAAAAUGGAAGGCACUAUUUCUCAACAAACCAAACUCAUCGAUUUUCUGCAAGCCAAAAUGGACCAACCUGCUAAAAAGAAAAAGGGUUUAUUUAGUCGACGGAAAGAGGACCCUGCUUUGCCCACACAGGUUCCUCUGCAGUACAAUGAGCUGAAGGUGGCUCUGGAGAAGGAGAAAGCUCGCUGCGCGGAGCUCGAGGAAGCCCUGCAGAAGACCCGCAUCGAGCUCCGCUCCGCCCGGGAGGAAGCAGCCCACCGGAAAGCCGCAGACCACCCGCACCCGUCCACGCCGGCCACCGCCAGGCAGCAGAUCGCCAUGUCCGCCAUCGUGCGGUCGCCCGAGCACCAGCCCAGCGCCCUGAGCCUGCUCGCCCCGCCGUCCAGCCGCAGGAAGGAGUCUUCGACUCCAGAGGAAUUCAGCCGACGUCUUAAGGAGCGCAUGCACCACAACAUUCCUCACCGGUUCAAUGUAGGACUGAACAUGCGAGCCACGCAGUGCGCUGUGUGUCUGGAUACCGUGCACUUUGGGCGCCAGGCAUCCAAGUGUCUUGAAUGUCAGGUCAUGUGUCAUCCCAAGUGCUCCACGUGCUUGCCGGCCACCUGUGGCCUGCCAGCCGAAUAUGCCACGCACUUCACUGAGGCCUUCUGCCGUGACAAAAUGAACUCCCCGGGUCUCCAGACCAAGGAGCCCAGCAGCGGCUUGCACCUGGAAGGGUGGAUGAAGGUGCCCAGGAAUAACAAACGAGGACAGCAAGGCUGGGACAGGAAGUACAUCGUCCUGGAGGGCUCGAAAGUCCUCAUUUACGACAGUGAAGCCAGAGAAGCUGGACAGAGGCCGGCGGAAGAAUUUGAGCUGUGCCUUCCCGACGGGGACGUGUCUAUUCAUGGCGCCGUUGGUGCUUCUGAACUCGCAAACACAGCCAAAGCAGAUGUCCCCUACGUGCUGAAGAUGGAAUCUCACCCGCACACCACCUGCUGGCCCGGGAGAACCCUCUACUUGCUGGCUCCCAGCUUUCCCGACAAGCAGCGCUGGGUCACCGCCUUAGAGUCAGUUGUCGCAGGUGGGAGAGUGUCUAGGGAAAAGGCAGAAGCCGAUGCUAAAUUGCUUGGAAACUCCCUGCUGAAACUGGAAGGCGAUGACCGGCUCGACAUGAACUGCACGCUGCCCUUCAGCGACCAGGUGGUGCUGGUGGGCACCGAGGAAGGGCUGUACGCGCUGAAUGUCUUGAAGAACUCCCUCACCCACGUCCCAGGGAUCGGAGCGGUCUUCCAGAUUUACAUCAUCAAGGACCUGGAGAAGCUCCUCAUGAUUGCAGGAGAAGAGCGGGCCCUGUGUCUCGUGGACGUGAAGAAAGUGAAACAGUCCCUCGCACAGUCUCACCUUCCCGCCCAGCCGGACAUCUCACCCAACAUCUUCGAAGCCGUCAAGGGCUGCCACUUGUUUGCUGCCGGCAAGAUUGAGAGCGGGCUCUGCAUCUGUGCGGCCAUGCCCAACAAAGUUGUCAUUCUCCGCUACAACGAAAACCUCAGCAAGUACUGCAUUCGGAAAGAGAUCGAGACCUCGGAGCCCUGCAGCUGUGUCCACUUCACCAACUACAGUAUCCUCAUCGGAACCAAUAAAUUCUACGAGAUUGACAUGAAACAGUACACGCUGGAGGAAUUCCUGGAUAAGAACGACCAUUCCUUGGCGCCUGCCGUGUUUGCCUCCUCUUCCCACAGUUUCCCCGUGUCCAUCAUGCAGGUGAACGGCGCGGGGCAGCGGGAGGAGUUCCUGCUCUGCUUCCAUGAGUUUGGGGUGUUCGUGGAUUCUUACGGAAGACGCAGCCGCACAGAUGAUCUCAAGUGGAGUCGCUUACCUUUGGCCUUCGCCUACAGAGAACCUUAUCUGUUUGUGACCCACUUCAACUCACUCGAAGUAAUUGAGAUCCAGGCCCGCUCCUCUCUAGGGACCCCUGCCCGAGCGUACUUGGAAAUCCCGAACCCACGCUACCUGGGCCCUGCAAUUUCCUCGGGAGCGAUUUACCUGGCGUCCUCGUAUCAGGAUAAAUUAAGGGUCAUCUGCUGCAAAGGAAACCUCGUGAAGGAGACCGGCACUGACCAGCACCGGGGCCCGUCCACCUCCCGCAGCCCCAACAAGCGAGGCCCGCCGACGUACAACGAGCACAUCACUAAGCGCGUGGCCUCCAGCCCGGCGCCCCCUGAAGGCCCCAGCCACCCGCGAGAGCCCGGCACACCCCACCGCUACCGCGAGGGGCGGACGGAGCUGCGCAGGGACAAGUCUCCGGGCCGCCCCCUGGAGCGAGAGAAGUCCCCCGGCCGGAUGCUCAGCACGCGCAGGGAGCGCUCCCCCGGGAGGCUGUUUGAGGACGGCAGCAGGGGCCGGCUGCCCGUGGGAGCCGUGAGGACCCCGCUGUCCCAGGUCAACAAGGUCUGGGACCAGUCUUCAGUAUAAAUCUCAGCCAGAAAACCCAACUCCUCUUGAACUGCAGGAAAACACCAACCGCACUAUGGAACGCUGCUGAAGGGGGGACCCCAGUGCCCACGGCGCAGCUGGACCCAGACCCGCCUCAGCACGGACACCCUGCAGCCAGGAGGGGCGUGGGGCUCCUGGGAGCUGCCGGCACCCUCCUGCAGUCUACCCUCUUUGCACUUUGUUACUCUUUCAAAGCAUUCAUAAACUUUUGUACCUAGCUCUAGCCUGUACCCGUUCAUCACAGGAAACCAACCGGGGGCUAACUACGACGUGGUUAGAAUCCUAAUAGCUACUUUAAGAUCCUAGGGUUGGUUGGGUUUUUGUUUUCCUGUUUUAUUUUUAUUUAUUUAUUUUUUAAAGACAACAGACUUCUUAAUAGAUUUGAAUAGCACCGUA